AUGGGGCCCCUGGGGGCCAGUUGCCACCACCUGCUGCGGCACUGGGUGACACCCAUCAUGGACGCGCUGGCGCACGGGCUGGGGGGGCCGGGGGAGCGCUGCGGGGCCCCCCCCCACGCCUGGUGCCAGAGCUGGGGGACAGCGCUGCGCUGCGGGGCCCUGGAGCUCUGCGCCCGCCGCGGCUGGGCCCCCAGCGCCAAGGAGGACAUGUGCGCUGACUGCCAGGAGGUCGUCACCCUGCUCCUCCGCAUGGCCAACGAGUCGGCCACCAAGGCGGCCGUGGAGGGAUUUCUGCGCCGGGAGUGCACAGCGCUGCCGGUGCCCACCAUGGUGGCCCCCUGCCAGAACCUGGUGCACGAGUACAUCACCCUCCUCGUCACCCACCUGGAGGAACACCUCAAGCCCUCGGCCAUCUGCGCCCGGCUGGAGCUGUGCCCAGGGCAGCCUGGAGGGGUCCUGGCCGUGCCCCCCCACCUCGGGGCACCCAGCGCCCGCCCGCAGGACCUCCCCAUGCCGCUGCCGCUCUGCUGGCUGUGCCGCAACUUCAUCGGCCGCCUCGAAGCCUCCAUCCCCAAGGAGGCGGCGGCGGCGGCGGUGUCACGGUUGUGCCGGGUGCUGCCGGCGGCGGUGGCGGGCCCGUGCCAGUGCCUGGCCGAGCGCUACACGGUGCUGGUGCUGGAGGCGGUGCUGGAGCACCUGGGCCCCCGCCUGCUGUGCCGCCUGCUCCUCGCCUGCCACCCCGAGGACGACGGCUGCGCCCCGCUGCCACCGCGGCGGCCCCCCAGGGGCACCGAGGACACGGCGCUGCGUGUGGGGCACGAGGACCCGGAGCUGUCCCCGAAGCCGGGACCCUGCGCCCUGGGCCCGGCCUAUUGGUGCUCCAGCCCCGAGGCCGCCCGGCGCUGCAAGGCCCUGCGGUACUGCCAGGACCACGCCGGGCUGUAG